GCACGAGGCGGUUGAUGCGCGAGCGCUGGGGCGCUGGGCGCCUGCGCAGAGCCCCAGGCGUCUCCCAGCUCGGCCCGGGUUAAAGGGAGGUGAGCUGGCGGGGAUACCAUGGAGCAGAAGGGCGGUCCGGACGGUGCACCGGAGGCUGAGCGGGAGGAGGGAGAGCCCGAGGUGAAGAAGCGGAGACUUCUGUGUGUGGAGUUUGCCUCGGUCGCGAGUUGCGACGCCGCCGUGGCUCAGUGCUACCUGGCCGAGAACGACUGGGAGAUGGAAAGAGCGCUGGACUCCUACUUCGAGCCGGCCGUGGAGGAGAGCGCUUUAAAAAGCCAUCUUGAGAACACCUCUGAACCCGAGUCCUGUGUUGACCUAACCAAGGAAGAAACAAGUGAUUCCAUUAGUUCUAAAACCAGCACAUCUGAAAAUGUUCAGCAAGAAGAUGGCAGCAUGUUCUCUUUCAUCACCUGGAAUAUUGAUGGAUUGGACCUAAACAGUCUGCCAGAGAGGGCUCGAGGGGUGUGUUCCUAUUUAACUUUGUACAGCCCAGAUGUGGUAUUUCUACAGGAAGUUAUUCCCCCAUAUUUUGCCUACCUAAAGAAGAAAGCAAGUAGUUACGAGAUUAUUACAGCAUUUGAAGGUCAUGAAGAAGGAUAUUUCACAGCUAUAAUGUUGAAGAAAUCGAGAUUGAAAUUUAAAAGCCAAGAGAUUAUUCCUUUUCCAAAUACAGAAAUGAUGAGAAACCUUUUGUGUGUGCAUGUGAGUGUGUCAGGAAAUGAACUUUGCCUUAUGACUUCUCAUUUGGAGAGCACCAGAAGACAUGCUAAGGAACGAAUGAAUCAGUUGAAAAUGGUUUUAAAGAAAAUGCAAGAGGCUCCAGAGUCAGCUACAGUUAUAUUUGCAGGAGAUACAAAUUUAAGGGAUCAAGAAGUUACCAAAUGUGGUGGUUUACCCAACAACAUUUUGGAUGUCUGGGAGUUUUUGGGCAAACCUAAGCAUUGCCAGUAUACAUGGGAUACACAGAUGAACUCGAAUCUUGGAAUAGCUGCUACCUGUAAGCUUCGUUUUGAUAGGAUAUUUUUUAGAGCAGCCACAGAAGGCGGCCACAUUAUUCCCCGAAGUUUGGACCUCCUUGGGUUGGAGAAACUGGACUGUGGUAGAUUUCCUAGUGACCACUGGGGUCUUCUGUGCAACUUAGAUGUGAUAUUGUGAGCUACUUUUCAAAUACGGGUUUUAAAUGCUCUGAGCAAUUUUGUUCUGUUUUGCAAAUACACUUGCUACCUGUCUGCAGAGGUAGUUUAAUAUGGAGGAAUUAAUAUACUGGAUCAUUGUAACAAAAGAAAAAACGACUGAUCUUAUUUUGUGUAUUGUGUCCUCAGAUUUCAGAACUAAAUCUUAGUGUUUAUUUAAACGAAAGCAUACCUGUGUUCAGAACGUGAGCCCUCUGAAUGAACGGUCACAAGGGCUGUUCAGCUCCUACAAGCUCUGGCUUGGAAUAGUGCUCACAGCUGCUGGCGGGAUCUGCAUUUAAAUAGAUGGCAGCUAUCCUACAUCCGACUUUUGGUCAGCUAACAGUGCCUAAUUGGUAAGCUAGAAAUGAUUUUAAAUCCCUUAAUUUUUAAAAAUUCAUGUUUGUAGUUAUGUCACCAACAGAGGCAAAGUUAGGCUUGAUAAUGAUUUAAGUCAGUUUCAUAGAGACAUUGGACUUUUUUUCUAAGUGAAAAAUAAAUGUGUAAAAAGAAUUAGGCUUUUAGUUUUGCUACUUGUAAAACUGAAUUUUUUUCAAGACGUGAAUGAGGAGCACUUCUACAUGUGCUUUAAGGAAACAUUUUUUUCCCAUAAGAGAAUGUACUUUAAAUAAAGAAUUCUGCUUGUUUAUAGUUUGUU